CAAAAUGGAGACCGUACUAUUCAGUGGCUUCGCUGUUAGCUAGCUGUUUACAGUAAUGACAAUGUGGCAAAUAUGACAGAAAACGGGAUGUUUUAACGAUUACAGCAAGGGUUUUUAUCUAAUCCGACGUGCACAUUUGUCAGUUUUUGAUCACGAUGAAGCAAAGCUGUUUGUAAACACAGCAGAAUAUUUAAGAAGAGUCAAGCAGAAGAGAAAAUAGCCAAUGAUCAUCUUAAACUUGUGUUGAGAGGUCGAUAUGUCGUUGAGAGAGUUAAAAGUUUGUCUCCUGGGGGAUACUGGAGUUGGAAAGUCAAGUAUUGUUUGGAGGUUUGUGGAGGACAGUUUUGACCCAAACAUCAACCCAACAAUUGGGGCAUCCUUCAUGACCAAGACGGUACAGUACCAAAACGAGCUCCACAAGUUUCUGAUCUGGGACACGGCAGGACAGGAGCGGUUUCGUGCUCUGGCUCCGAUGUACUACAGAGGUUCUGCAGCUGCCAUCAUUGUAUAUGACAUCACAAAAGAGGAAUCCUUUCAGACACUGAAGAACUGGGUGAAAGAGCUUCGUCAACAUGGCCCACCUAAUAUCGUGGUCGCCAUUGCUGGUAACAAAUGUGACCUUUCAGACGCCAGGGAAGUGCCAGAAAAGGAUGCCAAGGACUAUGCUGACUCCAUCCAUGCCAUCUUUGUGGAAACUAGCGCCAAGAAUGCCAUUAACAUCAAUGAAGUGUUCAUAGAGAUAAGUAAACGCAUCCCUGUUGCAGAGACAGCAGGAAUGACCUCAGGGAAAGGAUUCAAAUUGGGACGACAGGCCUCGGAGUCUCGCAGGACGUGCUGCUGAUGAUGCUGGUGACUUUCCCCAAUGCGACCCGCGACCUGACCUUCACCCUCUCUCUGCGCUCCCUUCAGCUAAAAACCCGAACACACCCUCUCAAACACCCCACAGUCACUGACACACAGGCGCCACAGUGCAGUUUCUGAUGGCAGCAACAAACACAUUUUUAUGACAUUCAACAACAGCAAAUGAUCAUGUAUCAUCUUGAAAGUGCUGGCAGGACAAACACUUAAGGUUUACUGAGCAUUGACACAACGCUUGCAUUGAUACAUCCAUGCAUAAGUGAACAACCGUCAUAUUUUCAAUUCUCAGCUCCCUUCAAGUGAAUCAUAGCCAGAGCUUUACAGUCGCCAACUGAUGGGCACAAGUCAUUUAUAUGUUACAUUUAUAAAAAUUUACUAUUUUUCAACCAAAAAAAAACAAAAAACAAACAAACAUUGAAUGAAGUGAUUUCAUCUCACCUUUUCCAGAGGUUGUAAGUUAUUACCUUUUUCUUUUUUUGUGCUAGUAGGAAGGGGGGGGGGAUCUCAAUAUAUUAACUUCAUGAAGAAACCAUCUUUAAUGUUAUUUAUACAAGGUUUUGAAGAAGGAUGCUAAUUUUUAUCACAGUCACAAAAAUAGCAUUGUGAAUGUUUAAUUUAAAUCCUGUUUGUGUGUUUGCUGUUUGGAUCAAGACAAAAUACCAGAGUUGCUGUGAGGUAAACCACAAUCACACAGUAAAAAAUGCAGAAAUGAGAGAUGUGUGGGUGCCUACUUCCUCUAUACUGAGGGAAUGGUCCAGCAUUAUUCCCUGCCAUCUCCACACAGUACAUGUGUAGCUGGAGCCAGAAGAUGGUCCCUUAGAUUAACAAAGAAACAAGAGCUAAGAGUUAAGUAGCCUUAUGUUUGAUGGACUUAUUCAAGGAUGGUAAAGUUCUUCUCAUCCGACUCAGUGAAAGCCCUUAAAUUUCCUUUUAUUUUGAACUUUGUUAGUCUUCUAUCUUUGGCUUGAAGGAUAUUUUGAUUUCCACUUAUUCCUGCGAUUCGUAAGUAAUUGCUAUCAUUUAAUCUCUGUGAUCAGAAGGAUUUUACAGUCAACACUGCCCAAAGUUUACUCUGAGAUUUAAACUUAAUUAUUGUGUGAUAACACUCUCAGCACUCCUUGCAUCUGUUCCACAUUUCCCCUUACAAUCACUGAAGAUGAAUUACAAGGCUCCUGUGCAUAAUGUGCCCUCUGCUGCAGAGAAUCCUGCCAAUGUUAACUGUUCGCCAGUUAGCGGCCCCCCCGUCUUUAGUCGUUUGCUUUGCAACACUUAAACAAGGGAGGCUGAUUUUUGUGAGGGCUUGCCAAAUUCUUAAUUGUCCCAUAAACAUUUUUCAUCCUUCCUUUUUUCACAUAAUCAGCACCAGCUCUCACAUCUAGUGUCGUUUUACUACCUGGCCCUCGAUGAAAACGGUGAGAUCUGGAAACUAGGCCUCAUUCACAGGAAACUUGUAUUUUAGAGCUCACAUCUCACGUCAGCAGAAGUUUUAUAGGUGGAGAAUCAGACGUGGCGCUGUGUCGACAUGCUGACCUCUCACUGAACCUCAGUCUCUAUUCUGCUCUGAAUCACUGUAGCUGUUUUGUUCCAGAGUCAGCUUUCUGAUUUUACUUUUUCUUUCUUUUUUCUACUUUUUUGUGCCUCAUUCCCCAGAACUGCAGGUUCUGUUAAUUGCAGAGCCCUUAAAAUUCCUGGUUUUAAGUCUGAUACUCUUUUUGCAGUUUUAUCAUUUAGCUUCUGUGCAGGCAUAAUCGGACAUAAGUAGCAGUUUUAUGUCUGUAUCUCCUGUAGCCUUCAAAUCGCUUUCAAAUUUGGUUAAGAGUGGGGGGGGGGGGGGGGGGGGGGGGUAAAAUCUGUAAAAAAAAUGUUGCUUAAUAAGGCUGCAGUUUCUCAUUUAUAAACAUGCGUUAUGUACUUUAUUACAACAAAUUCCUUCUAAGCAUCUUAUGGCAGAUGAAUUGUGUUCAAAUCAGUACUGCCUCUUUUUUUUCUUUUCAGGAUUUUUCUCAAGUGCAAUAGCUUUUAUUCAAAAUAUGACUUAAUCCACAUGAUCUCAUCCCCUCAGCCUCCAUCAGAUGGUAAUCACAAGUCACAUCGAUCUCAUUUUAUGCCAGUUUGAUGACGGUUUUGCUCCGAUGUAGCUGAUUAAAUAAACAGUGCAAAGGAGCCUGCUGUGUCUCCCAAAAACCUGAGAAAAUAAACUUUUUACUCGUUGCUGUCUUUGAUUAAUUACCCAUCAUUAUAGCAGCUUUGUUGCCUUUAGUCUUUACCACAACUUCAGCAAAUGUUUUGAAAAGGGACAAUACUUUGGUACCUUGAAAGCUGCACUUUGUAUUAAUUAGCCUAUAAUGCUAACUUUGUGUCUGCAGGCUGUUAUUGUCUCUAUGGAAUAACUCAAAGAAUUAAUCCUGAAAAGCAUCUCGACUCCUUUACAUCCCCUGACCCUGUUUCUGGUUUUUGCUUGAUUCUGAUUGCUAUGAAGAUCGUGGUGCCAAAGCCAUUUUACCACACCACAUAUAAUUAACCCAUUUUUUAUUGCUGAAAAUGCUAAUAUCAUUUAAAGUGAUCACAUCAAAAGUUUAAUAAUUGUAAUACACGUGUUCCUUUUUUUUUUUUAAAGCAAAGCAUGACAUUAACAAUGUGCCAGUAGUUUUGCAUAGAAAAUAUAUCAAAAAUCUUGGGCUGGCCCUGGGAAUGUGAUUAAUCUAUAUAUGUAUAUUUUACAGUGUAGAUAUAUGCCAUGAGAUUGCACACAAGUUAUAGACUAUAGUCCCUUUUCCAUUUGUGUGAACGCAAUAUAUCUGUGCACCAUUUGGAGUAAAACUAUCAGCAUUGUAGUUGUCAUAUUUAGCUUUUUACUAUGUUUCAUACUGGUUGUAUCUAAAUGCCUGAAAACACUUGUUUGCAGUGUAAUUCCAAAUGUGUUUAAAAAAGGGAAUUGUCGUUUGUUUACUAAUAAAAUUGACCAAAA